AGCAACGAGAGGCCAUCACACCAACCGAACCAACCAAAAUCUUGUCGAUCGCGCAUGGGCGCGGCGGAGCAGCCGGCGGCGGCGGCGCCGGAGACGAAGAGCGCGGCGGCGGCGGGGCGGACGCUGGUGUUCACGUACGGGACGCUCAAGCGGGGAUUCUCCAACCACGGCCUCCUCCAGGACCUGGCCCGCGACGGCGACGCCUCCUUCGUGGGCGCCGCCGCCACCGCGGCGCGCCUCCCUCUCGUCUGCGGGCCGUACCGCGUCCCCUUCCUCCUCAACCUCCCGGGCGCCGGCCACCGCGUCGCCGGCGAGCUCUACGCCGUCACGGCGCGGGGGCUGGAGCGGCUCGACGAGCUGGAGGGCGUCUCCCGCGCGCACUACGAGCGCCUCCCCAUCUCCGUCCUCCUCGCCGAGGGCGCGCAGGUCGACGCCGUCGCCUACUACGCGCACCGCGGGUACGCCGACGACCUGUGGGCGCGCAGCGGCGAGAAGGGGUACCCGGAGUACUCGGCGGCCGUCGCCGACGGGUACAUCCGGCGCAAGGAUCGGCCGCAGCAGCUGAGCUUCCUGGAGCAGAUUCGCGUCUUCGUGUCGUCGCAGUCGUAAAAUUGAUCUUUUUUUUACUCCUCGUCUCUUAGCAAAACGAUUGGUGGUAGCAUUUGCUUGCGUGGGCCAUGUGACAAGCAAGCAUGAUGCAUGUUGCAGCAGCAGCUUCAGCUUAUCUCUUCCUCUUUGUGGAUUUGUGAGUGAUCAUGUGCCUUAUCAGAUCAGGCUAUCGCUGAUCGUGUAAUCUCGAGAGCGUCUGUUCGGCUGUCUUAUCUGCGUGGGUUGGGUAAAAAUCGAGUCAGUCAUCUUCCUGAAAUAAAAAUAUUUCCUGUCAGACUGUGAUC